AUGGCGGCGGCAUCACGCGUUCUCACUCCUGCCGAGUGGGCUUCAGCGACUACGUUGCCGCCCGAAGAAAUACCCAAUGUAUUCAAAAUCGAUGAAGUCACAGUCGCGAAAACUGGACUUGACGAAGCCCGCGCCAAAUCAGAAGUUGCUGCCAUGGAAUUUGCUCGAAGCAGAACUUCCAUGCCCAUUCCUAAAGUCUACAAUUGCUACCUUGUGGAAGACACGCAAAAGUGGUGCAUACUAAUGGAAUAUGUUGACGGCACGAACCUGACGCAGGCAUGGGAAGAAGCCAGCGACGAGUGCAAAACUCAAAUUGUCCACCAACUGAGAGGAUUCUUGGAAGAAUUACGCAGCGUCAAAGGGGAAUUUAUAGGAUCUGUCGAUAGGACUUUCUGCCGCGACCAAUUUUUCGAAGACCAGGACGAUACAUUUGGCCCGUUCGCGACCGAAGCAGAAUUUCACAAUGCACUGAUCUCUGUUAUGAGAAGCGUGCAGAGCAAUGCCUGGGUAGAAAUGGUAGUGGGCUUUGUGGAAUCAUUGCCAACGCACGAUAUCGUACUCACACAUUCGGAUUUUCACCCGCGAAAUAUUAUCGUUCGAGAUGAUAAGGUGGUGGCCAUUCUCGAUUGGGAGCUCGCGGGUUUCUAUCCCGCGUACUGGGAAUAUGUCAAGGCCAACUACCUUCCAAACUGGGAUGAUGUCUGGGUCAAGGAACGUGUAACAGAUCGAAUUCUAGAACGUUACCCUGUAGAGCAUGCGAUACAUAUCCACGCCAGUCGGAUUGUCUGGUAA